GGGAGACUGUGUUUUUCUUCACCAAAACCCACGAGCAAUGCUUUUAUCUGGAACCGGUACCGUGAAUCUCGGAAGAGCGUGAUUCAGGGCUGCUCCCGACAGCUCGAAACCCGAGGUGCAAAAUGUUCUCGGGAUUCCGCGUGAGCUCGGCACUAUUCCAAGCCGUGGGCCAUCAACAUCGGCUCGUCGGCGGGACCCUCGUUGGUCGGUUCGCCUCUCAAUUCCGUUUCACACUCGAUCACCCGAAGCUCGAGCCGAACGAGAGAGGUUUCUACGAAAAAAAUGGUUUCCUAAUCAUCAAAAACCUGUUCGAGCCCUCGGAGCUCGAGAGGUUCGUCAAGCGGUUCGAGGCUAUCGCCAGUGGGGAAGUCAAAGUUCCCGGACUGACCGUUAUGCGUGACGUGGCCCUCAAGGACGUCAAGAACCCCGACGUUUACGUUGUGAACAAACUCCAAAACCUGUUCCUCGACGACGAGCUCUUCGAAUAUUGUAAAAAUCCCAGGGUGCUCGACUACGUUGAGGCGUUCGUGGGCCCUAACCAGAUGGCUAUGCAUACGAUGCUCAUCAAUAAACCGCCAGAUACGGGAAAGCUCACGUCACGGCAUCCUCUACAUCAGGAUCUACACUAUUUUCCUUUCCGGCCCGCCGACCGCGUCGUGUGCGCAUGGACCGCUCUCGAGAGAGUCAACCGAGAAAACGGCUGUCUCGUCGGGAUACCCGGCAGUCACGAGGGACCUCUGCUCGCGCACGAAUACCCCGAGUGGGAAGGAGGGGUGAACAAGGCCUAUCAUGGCAUCCAGGACUACGAAAAGGUCGCGGGCAAAAGGGUGCACAUGGAGAUGGAGGCGGGUGACACGGUUUUUUUCCAUCCGCUUUUGAUCCAUGGAUCCGGAGCUAAUAGAUCGAAGGGCUUCCGAAAAGCCAUAUCGUGUCACUACGCGGCCUCCGAAUGUGAAUACAUCGAUGUGACAGGAACAACCCAAGAGAACAUCGCUGAGGAAGUCCUCGCCAUAGCCAAACGCAGCGGAUUACCCCUGACCGAUUACAGAGACGCAUGGCGCUUCCGUGCCCGUCUUGUCAGAGGCGAGGAAAUCAACCUGUGA